AAAGGCAACAAGGACAAAAGCAAGUGAAUUAUUGAUCAGAGAGAAGAAGAAGAAGAAGAAGAAGAAGAAGAAGAAGAAGAAUAAGAAAAGAAGAACAAGUGUUGUGAGAAAUGGAUUCUUGGGUUCUUCUUCUGCUUCUAGUGGCUUGCCUUUGUCCAGCUUUAAUCGAGUCCAGGGUUCGUCACUACAAGUUUAAUGUGGUGACGAGGAAUACCACCAGACUAUGCUCCACCAAACCCAUUGUCACCGUGAAUGGGAAGUUCCCAGGACCCACUCUCUAUGCUAGGGAAGAUGACACAGUGCUUGUUAAGGUCACCAACCAUGUCUCACAUAAUAUUACCAUCCAUUGGCAUGGCAUUAGGCAACUCCGAACGGGUUGGGCUGACGGACCCGCGUAUGUUACUCAAUGCCCAAUCUUGACCGGACAAAGUUAUGUGUACAAUUUUACUAUCACUGGCCAACGGGGCACGCUUUUAUGGCAUGCACAUAUUAACUGGCUAAGGUCAACGGUCCAUGGUGCCAUAGUCAUUUUGCCUAAGCGUGGCGUGCCAUAUCCGUUCCCAACACCCCACAAGGAAGUUGUUGUCAUAUUAGCUGAAUGGUGGAAAUCCGACACCGAAGCCGUUAUCAACGAAGCUCUUAACUCCGGAUUAGCGCCUAAUGUCUCCGACGCUCAUACCAUUAACGGCCAUCCCGGGUUGGUCCCGAAUUGUUCCUCACAAGGUGGCUUCACAUUGCCCGUCCAAAGUGGUAAGACCUACUUGCUACGCCUGAUCAACGCUGCGCUCAAUGAAGAGCUCUUCUUCAAAAUAGCAGGGCACACGCUGACCAUUGUGGAAGUGGAUGCCACGUAUGUAAAACCAGUGAAGCUUGACACAAUCGUGAUUGCCCCCGGCCAAACCACAAACGCCCUCGUAACCGCCGAACAAAAUUCCGGCAAGUACUUGGUAACCGUCUCUCCUUUCAUGGAUUCCCCCAUUGCAGUCGACAACCUCACGGCGACUGCCACUCUGCACUAUUCCGGUACGCUUGCAACCGCCCCCACAACUCUCACAAGCCCACCUCCACAAAAUGCCACUGCAAUUUCAAACAAAUUUAACACCGCUCUCAAAAGCUUGAAUUCGAUCAAAUACCCCGCCAAUGUCCCAUCAACCGUUGAUCAUAAGCUUUUGUUCACCGUCGGGCUGGGGAUCAACCCCUGCGCUACUUGCAAAGCCGGCAAUGGAAGCCGGGCGGUGGCUAGCAUCAACAAUGUCACCUUUGUCAUGCCCACCACCGCCCUGCUUCAGGCACAUUUCUUCAACAUCAGUGGGGUGUUCACCACUGAUUUCCCCGGCAACCCACCAAAUGUUUUUAACUAUACCGGCGCCGGACCGCCAAGUUUGCAGACCAUCAACGGGACAAAGCUUUAUAGGUUGUCUUACAACUCUACUGUCGAACUUGUUCUGCAAGACACCGGAAUCAUCGCCCCUGAAAACCAUCCAGUCCAUCUACAUGGGUUUAAUUUCUUCGCCGUUGGCAGGGGACUCGGCAACUACAAUUCGACAACAGAUCCCAAAAAUUUCAACCUUGUUGAUCCUGUCGAGAGGAACACCAUUAGUGUGCCAUCUGGUGGAUGGGUAGCCAUCAGAUUUCGUGCAGAUAAUCCAGGGGUUUGGUUUAUGCAUUGUCAUCUGGAGGUCCACACAACAUGGGGGCUGAAGAUGGCAUUCUUGGUGGACAAUGGAAAGAGACCCAGUGAAUCACUUAUUCCUCCUCCGAGUGAUCUUCCCAAAUGUUGAGCCAUAUCCCCAAAAUAUUUAUAAGUGCUAUAGAAGUAGGGAAAUCUCCGACACAAAAAAAGAAGAGGGGGAAACAGUGACAAGACGAGGAAGAACAAAAGCAAAUAGUUAAUAAACAAAGCGAGAGAGCUAAGAUUCAUUUGUUUUUUUGAGUACAUGGAAACAUUUGCUCUGGGCAUGUUUCAAAUAAUGUUGUGUGAGCAUUUUAGUUGUUGUUGUUGUUUUUUUUUCUUCUUCCAUUUGUUGAAAUACCAUAACCCUUUUCUUUUUAGGAGGGAGUAUAUAUAUAUAUAUAUAUUGGAAUUUUCA